AACCCGGCAUGAGGGCCCUCCUGCUGCUGGCGAUGGUCAUGGCCUUUGGCCUGCAACAAGCCGACGGGGCUUUAUGGAAUUUCUGGAAAAUGGUUACGAAGGCGAUAGGAAAGGAAGGAGCAUCCGGUUAUGGCUUUUACGGCUGCCACUGUGGUGUGGGUGGCAAAGGCACACCCAAGGAUGCCACGGAUUGGUGCUGCGUUGCGCAUGACUGUUGCUAUGCCCGGCUGGUAAGACAGGGGUGUUCCACCAAAUUUGUGAACUACAAAGCUGAUUACCGUGGGACCACCGUCACCUGUGCGAGACAGGACAAGUGCAAGAAACAAGUGUGUGAAUGUGAUAAAGCAGCUGCCUUCUGCUUUGCGAGACACAAGAAAAGCUAUAAUAAAAAGUACCAGUACUACGACAGCAAGAGCUGCCUCGGGGAGACCCCCAAGUGCUGA